GCCCCUCUAAUCUUCCACUAGACUCUCCCCGCCCUGUUCUCGCCUGCUGCCUUUCUCUCUUCUCGGUGUAAACCGUGUGGCGCAUUUCACUGUUUUGGUUUCCUCUCCCGCUCUUUCUUUACCCCCUACUCCGGCCAAGUGCUGGAACCAAGAAAGCCUCAUGCGGUGGCCGGCCGAGGGGCGGUAGAGCGGCGGAGAUGGGCUGGGCGCCCAGGUGGCUGCGCGGGCUGCUCGGCGGCGGCAAGAAGAGCGCCGAGACAAAGCCGGUGAAGGAGAAGAAGCGCUGGGGAUUCGGGAAGUCCUUCCGGGAAAAGACUCCGGCACCAGCGCCGGCGCGGCCUCCGACGCCUCCGGUGCAGCCCACGGCGACGCCUCGGCGGGGGUAUGCGGCGGCGCCGGAUGAGGGGGACGACGAGCAGAGCAAGCGUGCUAUCGCGGUGGCCGCGGCGACUGCGGCGGUGGCAGAGGCCGCCGUCGCUGCCGCCCAGGCUGCAGCCGCCGUGGUGCGUUUGACGAGCAGCGGGCGGUGCGCGCCGGCCGCCGCCGCCAAGCGGGAGGAGUGGGCUGCUGUUCGGAUCCAGGCCGCUUUCCGUGGCUACCUGGCGAGGCGAGCGCUGAAGGCGUUGCGGGGGCUGGUGAAGCUGCAGGCGCUGGUCCGGGGCAACAUUGUGCGGCGGCAGGCGGCGGAGACGCUGCGAUGCAUGCACGCGCUCGUCCGCGUCCAGGCGCGCGCGCGCGCUUGCCGCGCAAUUCGUUCGCAGCAUGUCGCGGCUCAUCCGGAUCCACCGACGCCGGAGAAGUACGAUCAGGCGGGUGCGCCCAGGCACGGCCGUUCCGGCUCUCUGAAGGCAAACGCUUCGAAGACACCGGGCGGCGAGAGGCUGGGCAGGGAGAGGUCGGAAUCUUGCGGGAGGAACUGGCUGGACCGCUGGGUGGAGGAGAGGUACAUGGACGACGAGAAGAACGCCAAGAUCCUCGAAGUGGACACCGGCAACAAGCCAGGGCGGUAUGCUUCCAAGAGGCGCGGCGGCGGUGGCGGCAACCAUCACCACCAGUCGCCGUGCUCGACGAUGACCUCUGACCAGAACAGCCGGAGCUACGCGACCAUGCCGGAGUCGCCGUCCAAGGACUCCACGACCGCGCAGCAGUCGGUGCCGAGCCCGUCGUCGGUGGGCAUGGCCGAGGCUCUGAGCCCGCUGCGCAUGCCCGUGGACAUCGCCGAGCUCUGCGACAGCCCUCAGUUCUUCUCGGCGACGUCGCGGCCCGGGAGCUCGAGGAGGGGCCCGUUCACGCCCACCAAGAGCGAGUGCUCCCGCAGCCUCUUCGGUGGCUACUCCGACUACCCCAACUACAUGGCCAACACGGAGUCGUUCCGCGCCAAGGCGCGUUCCCAGAGCGCGCCCAAGCAGAGGCCGCAGUACGAGAAGUCCAGCUCCCUCCGCAAGGCGUCGGCGCACGCCUUCGCGACGGGGCCGUGCGCGCCGCCGUCGGCGGGGGCGGCCGCGCAGAGGUCAUCGGCCUCACUGCACGCCAAGUUCACCAACAAGGCGUACCCGGGCUCUGGCAGAUUGGAUCGACUUGGCAUGCCGGUCAGGUACUGAUCCUGAUCGUGAAUUUCCUGAUCCUACCUAAGUUCGCUUCAGGAUAAUGUGGUGCUGCGCCUGAACUGAUGUCCGUGUGUCAAGCGAGGACGAUGAAGGAAAUCUACUAGUGGUCGUUAGGUUUUGUGCCUUCGUGGUGCUAUCACCCGUAAACAGUUUUCUGUUUCUUGCUUUGUGUAGCGAAGUGUAAGUUGCUGGUAGCUGUAAUACUAUGCGUGCUAACAACUCCCCUCCACAUUUCCUCCGUGAUAUAUAUAUCUGCCAUCAAAUCAUGCAUGGGAAUUGAAUGUGUUGUUGCAA